AUGUUUGAUUUUCCAGUUAUUAGUAGUUAAUCGAUAACUGGCACUAACUUUUAAAAUGUAUCGCGUCGCAUUUUGUGUUAUUUUGCUAGCGAUAGCUGCAGUAGCAGAAGAUAAACCACAUUACAAUUUAGAAGAAGCCGAAAUUCUUUUCGAAAAAUUCAUUCAAGAUUACGAGCGAGUGUAUAAAGACGAACACGACCGACAAAUUCACUAUGAAGCUUUUGUUAAUUCGUUAAAAUUAAUAAAUAAAUUAAAUGAAGAAAACUCGGCGACAUACGAUAUAAACAGAUUUUCAGACUAUACAACGGAGGAGUUUGAACAAAUUUUAGGAUUUCAUCCCGAGCAUAAGAAGGAUAAGGAGAAUAAGAAAUGAAAAGAAAAUUGAUUAUUAUUAGAAAAUAGAACUAUUGAAAUUAAGGCAACUGGCACGCAAUAUAUUUUACUUUAUUACGCAUACGUAUAUCUAAUGAAAGAAUUAUUUAAUCUGUGAACCACAUUAAAUUAAAAAUAAAACAAAUUUAUAAAAC